AUGGACGACUUAAAUGGGCUCAGCUGGUCUAACAACUCGAAUGGCCCGCCAAGCAAACCGCCGCCGAUGGGCUCUGGCCUAUUGUUCCCCAGUAUACGAUCGAAUGGUGGCUCUGGGAGAUCAACACCCAUGUCCGCUGCCUCAAAUCGUACCCCGUCGCCAUCCAAGCCCGCUCCGUCCACCGGAGACAGCUUCGCCAAUCUGGUUUCUUUCAACUCCACGGCCGCAAAUAAAAAUAUCUCAUUGGCGGAACAGGAGAAGCGAUUAAAGGAGGAGAAGGCACAGAAGGAAGCAGAGAAGCGAAGGCAGUACGAGGCGCAAUAUGGGGGACAGAAUAACCAGUUCUGGGACGGUCUUGAGCAAGGCCGUACCCAAAGCCCCGCUGCUGCGCCAGUCUCGCAAACUGUAUCGCCUCCUAUCGAUGAUGACGACCUCUUGGCCGCUUUCAAUGCUGCGGCACCCGUGGACGCAUCAACGAACUUUCCGAUUCCGAGCUCCAACGCUUCACCCCAGAUCGGCAAUACCCCACAAGUACCAUUAAACGGAGGUAUCUCAAUACGCGACAACACUGGAGGAUCAGGCACAUUUGAGGAUGAUGACCCUUUUGGCCUCAAUGAAUUGAAGCCCAAGUCCGCAGCCGCCCCUCCCCAGGCACAGGACGACGAGUAUGACUUCCUUGGACUACUCGGAAAGCCCGUAUCUGAAAUCCCACGCCAGAGACCUUCUCCGUCUCCCCCAACGCCCACGAGCCGUGACACAAGGAGCCAAAAUGAUUCACCCAUGCCAACUAGUGAUGAGGAUCGAGCCAUUGCAGAGCUGGUGGAGAUGGGAUUCCCUGCAGAUAAAUCCCGUCAGGCCCUCCGGACUACCCCCUCAGGGAAAGAUGUGCAGGCUGCUGUUGGUUGGCUUCUGACACAAGCUCAUGCCGAGUCCAGACAAAAGUCCCAGGGUCAAUCACCGUCGAAUGCUCCGUCCCAUGACCCCAUGCAGCGAAGUAGUCGUCAGCGUGAUGCUCCGUCUUGGGCAAGGGAAGGCAGGUCCGAGACUUCGCGACGAGACGAUAGCAGCCCCGGAGGCGAGAAGGAUCCCGCCCAACUUGCCUCUCAGUUAGGUAACAACCUGUGGAAGACUGCGGGCUCCCUCUGGAAAACGGGAAGCAAGAGGUUCCAACAAGCAGUGAACGAGUUCAAUACGGGAGAUCAUGAUCCCAGCCAACCUAAGUGGAUGAGAGAUGCUUCCGCCUCACACGAGGAGCCGUUCCCUCCACAACAGCCACCCCGACGUGGUGGUGGCAGACCAGAACAACCGCAGCAAAAGCCACAAAAUUUCACGGACGAGGCAAUGCUUCUUGAAGCUGGCAACGCUCGACCUCCUCGAAAGUCUGCUCGGCCGGAUCCCAGGGGUAAUGAUCUUCGCCAACAGUCUCGAUCUCCCGCCCAGCAUGUUCAACAACAGCAACCUAGUUUUUUGCAAAAGUCAUCGCGUCCCACUUCUACAGAGCCCAAAUCUCGUCUAUCAAGAUUUGCCACGGAGGAGCAGUCGGCACAAGCCUAUGUUAGUUCCGCAAGGCGGAAGCGGCCUCAAGCAACCCCUCCAGUGCCCGAACCCGCCAUUGAUCUAUUCGAUUCCCCUGCUCCUUCAUCUCAACGACCAAAACCAGCCGCUCGCUCUCAAGGUCCAACACCGGCACGCUCAACCCCCAUUCCAGUGCGCCCAAAGGUCCCGACACGAUCGAUCCCACCUGUUUCGGCCGACGCUCUCCAGUCCACACACCGACACCGCGAAAAAGCCGCAGAAUCAUAUAAGCGGGGUGACUACGCAGCUGCUUACGAGAGCUUCUCAACGGCCCUGAACAUGCUUCCCGACAAGCACCCAAUCACGAUCAUGAUUCGUAGCAAUCGCGCAAUGACAGCGCUCAAGACCGGAGAAGCAAAGUCCGCAGUUGAUGAUGCUGAUACCAUUCUGAGCAUGAUCGGUCCCUCAAAGGGUGAAUCCGAAACAAUCGAUAUAGGAAAUGGCGAACCGGCCAAGCAAAUGAAGGAUUUCUACGGCAAGGCUUUGAUGCGCAAAGCAGAGGCAUUGGAACAGCUCGAGAAAUGGGGAGACGCCGCACAGGUCUGGAAGUUAGCCGUGGAAGCUGGUCACGGUGGAAGCACCAGCAUUCAAGGCCGAAACAGAUGCGAGAAGGCUGCUGGUAUCAGCAGGCCUGCAGCCAAGGCAGUCCCCGUUAAGAAGCGGGCAGCACCUGCGCCCAAGAAGGCGUCCGCGCUGUCAGACCUAGGCGCGGGCUCUGCACAGGACUCAGAGGCUGUCAGCCGUCUGCGCGAGGCCAAUAAAGCUUCCGAGCUUGCCGAUGAAGAGAAGUUCGCUCUUUCAGAAAGUGUUGAUGCGAAAAUCGCUCUUUGGAAGAACGGAAAGCAGGACAAUCUUCGUGCUUUGCUGGGCAGUCUCGAUAGCGUUCUCUGGGCUGACUCUGGGUGGAAGAAGAUCGGCUUGGCGGAGCUUGUUUUGCCGAAUAAGGUGAAGAUCCAAUACAUGAAGGGAAUUGCCAAGGUGCACCCCGACAAGAUUCCCACCACUGCUACCACCGAGCAGCGGAUGAUCUCCAGUGCUGUCUUUGGAACCCUGAAUGAAGCAUGGGACAAGUUUAGAGUGGAGAACAACCUUUAA